AAAAGAAAAGAAAAAGGGAAAAAAGAAAAAUUAAUUCCUCCAUAUUUUUUCGUCUUCUUGCUUGAACUGCUCUACACUCCCGCUUCAAGAAAAAAAGAGUUUCGAAUCAGGUCAGAAUUUAUUACAAGUAGUUAAAGGUCGAAGGAACAACAACUACGGAAAUACAAACUAUUCAUUGAAGUCACAAUUAUAGUCAAAAGGAGCUGUGUUGGCGAAGGAAUGCUUUCUGGCGAGUUCUUGUGAUUAUCUGCAAUGUCCGGGCUACUAAAUUCUGCUCUCAACGAUUCAAAUUCGAAUCUUCCAGACACCACAGGGCGACCAUUUGCAGCAUCUUUUUCUGCUCAAUCUGCUUCAGCGACCCCAGUUUAUCAUCAUGCUGGAACUGUACAAGGCUUGCAUAACAUGCAUGGAAGCUUCAACAUUCCUGGCUCACUUACUUCAAGAAAUUCUACAAUGAAUGGUGUCCCUUCAGGCGCUGUCCAACAACCAACAGGGAGCCUUUCUAAUGGGCGAUUUGCAUCAAACAAUAUUCCGAUUGCUCUUUCUCAGAUGUCUCAUGGUAGCUCACAAGCGCAUUCAGGAGUCGGACACAGAGGAGGAAUGGGAGUCUCACCAAUUCUGGGGAACGCAGGCUCUCGAAUGACCAGCUCGAUGGGGAACAUUGUUGGUGGUAAUAAUAUUGGGAGAAGCUUAAGCUCUGGCGGAGGUUUAUCUGUUGCUGGUCUAGCAUCCCGUUUAAACUUAGCAGGAAAUACUGGAUCUGGGAAUUUGGGUCUACAAGGACCUCACAGACUAAUGAGUGGUGUUAUUCCACAAGCGCCGCAGAUGAUGUCUAUGUUAGGAAACUCCUAUUCUAAUACUGGAGGUCCGCUAUCUCAGAGCCAAGUACAAGGAGGCAACAACUCGUUAAGUUCUAUGGGAAUGUUAGGUGAUAUGAACUCCAACGAUAGUUCUCCUUUUGAUCUUAAUGACUUCCCCCGGUUGACAGGCCGCCCUAAUUCUUCCGGAGGUCCUCAAGGGCAAUUAGGCUCACUGCGCAAGCAAGGAGUUAGCCCCAUUGUUCAACAAAACCAGGAAUUUAGCAUCCAGAAUGAAGACUUUCCUGCUUUACCUGGAUUUAAAGGAGGCAACAACGAUUUCCCAAUGGAUAUGCAUCAGAAAGAACAGUUACAUGAUAAUGCUGUGUCGAUGAUGCAGUCACAGCACUUCCCUAUGGGAAGGUCUGCAGGAUUUAGCUUGGGAGGUACAUAUUCAUCUCACUACCAACAGCAACCACAACAUUCUCCAUCAGUGAGUAGUGCUGGUGUAUCUUUUGGCCAUGCAAAUAAUCAAGAUCUUCUUCAUUUGCAUGGCUCUGAUCUAUUCCCAACUUCUCAUGGUAGUUUCCAUUCACAGGUUCAGAAUAGCGGACAAUCUAAUAUUGGAUUGAGAUCUGUAAACUCGGCGAAUUCUGCUUCUGGUAUGGGAUCAUAUGAUCAGCUUAUUCAACAGUAUCAACAACUUCAAAAUCAGUCCCAGUUUCGCAUGCAACAGAUGUCGGCGGCAAAUCAAUCAUACAGAGAACAGAAUAUGAAGUCCUUGCAGGCAACACAAUCUGCUGCUGAUCGUUUUGGUUUGCUUGGCCUAUUAAAUGUCAUUAGAAUGACAGAUCCUGAUCUCACAUCUCUUACGCUAGGAAUUGAUCUAACAACACUUGGACUAAAUUUAAACUCAAUGGAUGACCUUCAUAAAAAAUUUGGAUCUCCAUGGUCUGACGAGCCAGCAAAAGGAGAACCGGAAUUCAGAGUGCCUGAAUGCUAUUAUGCUAAGCAACCGCCGGUACUACAGCAAAAGUAUUUUUCGAAGUUCGGGCCUGAGACGUUAUUUUAUAUAUUUUACAGCAUGCCAAGAGACGAAGCUCAACUAUUUGCUGCCAAUGAGCUGCACACAAGAGGAUGGAUCUACCACAAAGAGCUCCGGAUAUGGUUAAUUAGGGGUCCUAACAUGGAACCUCUUGUCAAGACAAACACAUAUGAGAGAGGACCCUACCUCUGCUUCGAUCCCAACACAUGGGAAACUAUUCGCAAGGAUAAUUUUGUGCUCCAUUACGACAUGUUAGAGAAGAGACCGAUGAUACCUCAACAUUAGCCAUGUUUUUUGACUUUGUAAAGUUUGUUGUCCAAACAGUAGUCUCAAAGUAGGCUCUAUCCAUUACCCCUUUUUCGUUUUUGGCCACAGGCUUAUGAUUAGUUUCAUUAAUGUCAUUUUUAUUUGGCCGCGAAAUAUGGCCUUUUUUUUUGUAUCCUUCAAUGAAGAACCUGUUUAUUACGCUUAACGUUUAUUAUUAUAUCAGCAGUAAAAGGGAAUUCAAAGUAA